GAAUGCACGCUUGUGUCCUCCUCGUUAGUGGAUGGACUUUCUGUGAGGUGACCUUCUUCCCCUGUUCAUGCAUGAUAUCAACAGAUAAUUGACGGCAAGUGAUCCAACGAAGAAACUAAUAUGCGUCCGACGAGCACUCAUCGAGUAGUAUUGUCGCGGGACAUCCGCAAUUAUGAAACGCUUCGGCGUUACGAUUCAAACGACGCCAACUCCACCAUACCGUGACCUCGGCCGGCUCGUGUCAUGUCGUCGCCCGUGGAGAAGCGCCAAAACUCGUUGCGGUUGUCUCCAAAGCAGCACAGCUCAAGGGCAAACGUGUCCCGCCAAGGAGUACCCCCAUCCCUGAAAGACCUGAAGUCGCAGUCCAACUUUUCGUUCCGAGGGUCAUCGCACCUGGAAGCAGCCGUGAUGGCCGUAUCCGUCGAAGAGAACGAUACCACGCCCCAGAAUCCUCCAGACGGCAAAACGUUUGCUGCGUCGUACUGGAAACAGCAAGUCAUCGCGUCCAAACGCAAGCUCAGCGCCGUGGUGGAUCGCCACAGUCGCGAUGUCUACGACGUCCAUCACAAGCUACAUCGAAACAUUCCAGACGACACGCUGCCUCAAAUUGAUCAUCUUGAAUGCGCACGAGAAGCCACCCUCCGCAAAAUCGUGUCCAAACCAGUCCCCAAAGGCGAUACGGUGCAUGUCGACAGACUUUUGGACAUCGCCGACGCUCGAGCGCUGCAAGUUCCCACCUCCCUCCACGCGCAUGUGGUUGAACAUGUCGAGGACCUCCUCGCGCGCUGUCGAGUCGCCCAAGCGCAUACCCUUUCAACAUUGGCUCGUACGUCCGUUCCAGCCAGCCAUCUAGUGGAAGAAUACGACAGACAAAGCUCCGCCCUUCAAGCGCGCCAUCACGACCUCAGUCUGCAAUUGGCACGGCUGAAGGCGAGCAACCCUGCCGUCGAAGCGACAGACCUGAAGCACUUGUUGCGAUUUCAGGAGACCAAACACUCCGUCACGAAGCUCGCGACUCGCUUUUCCCAGCGUAUGCACUGGCUUAGCCACAGUCAUCGCAGUGCUAUUUUGCGUCGGAUGCACCAGAUCCUCGUGCCCCAGUCAUCGGCGAUGGCAACUUCUGUGGACGUCCCACCAGUCGUUCAAGCCAACACGUCGACGCCACCCAAAUUCAUUCUGCAGGAAAGUGCCAUGGAUUUGGCGAUCGCGUCGUUUAAAACUAAACUAGGCAUUGAGCAGCCCACGGCCUCUAACAGUGCCGACGAUUUGUUGCAGCAACUGCGGCGUGACUUUGGUACUCUUUUUGCCCGACAUGUGGCGCCGUAUCAAAGCGACGGCAUGGCUCGGAAGGCAACUCCCAUGACGUCCUCAGUGGACAGCAGCGACCCCCACCGCGGCAGCCUCUUUCCCCAAGUCCCAACGUCCCAGCGCCAACAGCGGAUCGGCCUGAUGGACAAAAAACAGAGCAAUUGCAUGGUGCUGGAAGCCGAGUUGAAGUUUUGCAGCGCGUCGGAAGCCCAGCAUGUCCUGGAUCGCCUGGAAGGGCUUGCGGCGAGCCAUGUCAAGCGCGCGCUGUUGACCAUCGACGCGGUGGAACUGCGUUCGAAUUCGGCGUCGCUCACCGACCGACUUGGCCUGGUUGAGCCGCCAAACGCGCCGAGUUUACCCGACGCCAAAGUCAAGGCGUAUUACAUCUUAAGGCUGCUCUGGAUUCGGCAAUGCAAGCAUCGCAUGGUGGGGUAUCUCAACUACUUUCGGUCGAUUGAAGCGCAUGUCCUUGUCGACUGGCACGACAUGGGACACGAAAACACGUCCACAACCACCACCAUCGACCGUCCUACAAACGUUGAGCGGUUCUUUGAUCGCGUGGACGACGCCAACGAAAUGCAAAUAGUCGACCACGUUGGACGGCCGUUCUUGUACUCGACGGCGUGGGACGAAUUGAUCGAAAUUGAGCAAGACAUGCUGUGCAUUGGAAGCGCCGUGAGUUCGUUUGACGAGCGGGACACCCUCAAAGCCGGCACCGAACGCAAGGUCGUGACGGUUGUCGACCGGGUCAGCGUCCUCGGGGAUUUGUACGAAUGCGAGUCGUGGUACCUUGAAGCCAAAUUCAAGCUCGUGCGACGUGUAUUUGAAGACGUGUACAUGCGCGCGUACGGCCACGAUGCCCAGCGCCACGAAGCGCAAGCGUUGUUGGACCUUGUGGCGGCGCGGCCCUUGGUGGACUUGGCGGAGCGGUACUUCUGGGACGCAUAUGUGUCGCAAGUGAUGGCAUUGGAGAUCCAAGCCAAGGCGCUUCGUGGUGUGGGUGAAGUCAACGCGGCGUUGGCAGACCCGCUGUUUACGACCGCCGAGGCCGCGGUGAUCGUGCGCACGUCCACCCGACAAGCGAUCGCGGCCAUGGAUAUGUCCAUGCACCACUUGAGUGUGAUUGAGCGACUGGCGAUGCAUCGUGCAGUGCAUGAGCAAGCGAUGGUGUGCUGGCACGUCGUGUCCACGGAAGAGCGCGAAUACGUGACGGCGUCGUCGACCAUCCAUUGUGCAGUCUUCACCAACUACUACUCGAAAGACAGCGGCGUGGGCACCCUCGUCGAGCAAGCCGCGAACGACGUGUAUCGUCGCAACGUCAAGCACGACUCAUUGGUCAGCGACCGCUCCAUCCACGAUCAAGUGCACCACCUGGGGACCGAAUACGUAGAGACCCUGUCGCGUGCGGUAUGGUUUUUCAAGUUGCAAUGCGACCUCGCGCAACAAGUGUACGCGACGGGGUUGUUGGAAGCGCUGCAUGCAUCCCAAAUGCUGCACUUGUACGUGGACGACGUCCUACCAGCGGGAAACCCCACCCAUGCGUCGGUACUGGAUCAAACGCCGGCGAUCGAAGCGCUGCCGUUCGUGUCCGUGUUGCGGACAACAUCGACACUCGAGUGGAUCGGGAUGCACUUGAACGAGUCGCAGCUCCGGUGGCUCACCCUGACCGUCCAUGUCCAAGAGGCCGAACGCGUCUACUUGGAAGAAACGCUAGGGUUCAACGCGAUGCUGCUUCAGCCGAUCUUUGACUUUGAAGCGUCGCAUCCGAAACUCAUGGCCAAACACGUGGCCAAGUUCCUCUCCACGCCCCAUAUCAACCAAAAUCACAAGAACUUUCUCGCGCAGGUGCAGAGUGUGCUGGGGCAACGCGCACUCCACGACAAAGUCACGACUCGCAUCCAAGUGGAGCUCAAAGCCACCGCCGCCUUGUGUGUCCAUGCCGACGCCCAUCGGCAGUCCGUUCGAGCGCUUGUCACGAGCCGCGUCGACAUGCACCCAGACGUCCCUAUGACCGACCACAUCGUCGAGUACAUGACGGAUCUGAUGGAAUCCGUCCAAAUGGAAGGGCUCGUGACGCAGUUGAACGCGCACCUUGACACGAUGCGGGUGAUUUCACGGGACCUGCCAGCCUCGACCAUCAAUCCGUUCGUGGUGGGCGGGUUUGCCGACCGAGAUACGCUUGAAGCGUGGCUGCUUCGGGAGUUGUCGCCCAUGGAGGAGCAACUGGGGGUAGCCACUACGACCGUCGUCGUGGACGGUGUGAAAAUGGCCAAGGGCGAAACCAUCGAAACCUUGUGGUGCGCAGCCCAAGGCGAUAUUGUGAGCAUGCAGUACAUCCCCCACCCUUACGAGCUGCUCAAGCGGUUCACCAAGACCGACGUCGCCAACGGCCGCGUGGUCUUUCGCCUCGCUCGACAGUACGAGCCGGAAAUUCGUCGGAUCCUGGCGCUGUACACGGCGCUCGUGGCGGUGAUCGACACGUUGGUGUUUCGCGCGGCGUUGCAUCGGCAAGCCCCCGACGACGUCUUGGGCGGGGAGUUGCGCGACUUGCUGCACCAAAUGCACCACGACUGCUUCUCUCGACUCAACGACGUGGCGUCCAGUCGAGACUUGCGACACGUGAACGACGUCAUGCUCGAGUGGUUGCAAACCAAGCGGGAAUUCCUGCAUGCGCUUCGAGCUACUGCGCUUAAAGCCAUCGUGAACGAUAUUUUAGCAGCGAGUAUCACGGCCACGCCCCGUGCCCCUUCGCUCGUGUGGCUACAAUAUUCGUUUCAUGAAGGUCAAGCUCUUGUCCGAAACGAAGACUCGAGAUCGAUCGGGUCUGCCACGACGCAAUUCAUCACGGGCCUGUCCACACACGAUUGCACGGCCGCGAGACAAUGGUGGAAGCUGUUGGAAACCCGGGCGAGUCCUGCUGGGGGGCUCGGCGUCGCCUAUUUGAAGAAAAUCGACGCGUUUCACGCCCUGCGGCAGUAUUUCUUGCAGAUUCCAGUCAUGAAGGAGGCGUCCCAAGUGGACAAAGCGGUCGAAUUGCAGGCCAUCUUGGCAACAGAAGCAGUGGCCAGGGACGUGUCGAUAACAUCGGCCCACCGAAACUCCAUGCCCCCGUCGCUCGAGUUUCAAGUGCCAGAGCCCGUCGAACUGGACCACAUGAUUGACAAUUUACGCAAUCGCAUUGAACUCCAUCUCGUGGACCAAGAUAUCGUGGACGUGCGGUCGCAGUUUGCGUCGGUGCUCAAGUCACUUGGCGAGAGCCCGUCGCCACGACGACAAGCGGUCGUCGUCGGUCAAGCCAAGCUGGACCCCAUGGGCAUUUUCGUGAAUCGGGUGCAGGAGACCGUCGAAACUGCAAUCGCCAACAAAGAAAGCUACAACGUUGACUUGGCCAGUCUCUGUCGUACCUUCAUGGAGGCGUACCAAGACAGCAUCAACUUUCGCCAAGCGGCGACCACCACCCUAAACGUCCAAUUGCGGCAUCGCAUUGCCGCCCUUGAAGACGCCACGUCGAGGCUGGAAAGCCAACGGCGCCGCCAAGAUACGAUCGCGGACCAAGUGUUGGCGACUAGUGUGGUGGACAAGGCGUACAAGAUCAUCUUUGAAUUGGAGGAAGCAAGGCAUGCGAUAGACAUGGCGGGCGAAGAACUAGACGUGCAAAAAGCCAAAAUCAUCUCGGAGAUCCGAUCCGAGUACGACUCCAAGUUGCGUGACAUGAACUUGGAAUUGAUUCAAAAGCACGGACAGUUUGAAGAGUACCGGGCAGCAGUGCAGAACGACUUGCGCGUGCAAUUGCACGAAGUCCAAAAGUCGUCCGUGGGGAAAUUCAUUGAAACGGGCAUCCCCAUGCAAAUCAAAAGCCAGCUCGUGCGGUCGAUGCGGUCCAACCAGGAAAUGGAGAAAAUCAUGGAAGAAAACACUGCGCUAAAGCAAACGCUGAUGAAACUUCGCACGAUGUACGACCUCAAAGAUGCCGCUACCCACGCGGCCCACGAUAAGGCCGAGGCGACCCUGUCGGCGCAAUUGGCCAAGGCAAACCUCGUGUUUCACCAGAAAACCCAAGUCGACGGACAGCUCGCAGCCACACAAACCCAAGUCGUGGCGUUGCAAAAGGAGUUGCUGCGAGCGCAAUCGGUUACUCCGACUACCGCUUCAAUCAGUGCCACCUCUGCGAUACACAAGGAGCCAAAGUCCUCCGCAGUUAAAACCGCCUUGCACGUGACCAAGUUUGCCAGCCGGUUGGUGGCGCAGCAAAAAGCCAAGGCGGUCGUCGCACGAGCGGUCGGCGAGCCCAUCGACGGCAUGGACGAGUGUGACCACGAUGAGGACGACGACGAAGAGGACGAGGAGGACCUGCAACCGCGAGAGGGCGACCGUCGGACAUCGUCAAGUCCUCGACGCAACGACGAUGCUGCUGUCCGCACCCGAGCACAUUACAUUCGAUCGGCGCACCAUCUGAACCGGGAGAUCCGCCGGUUGCAACAGCAACUCGCCAAAGAAGUCAAGCUCAAAACAGCGGCCCUCGACCAGCUCCAGGCCGCGCGCGGUCACGUGCAUGUCCAGCUCGAGCACGAAAACACUAAAUUACACACGGAAUUGGUCGACACCCAGCGACGCUAUGUGGCGGCAGUCCAAGAGAUUGGCGAGCUGCAGCACCUCAUUUCCCCCGAGCCGUGUGGACAUACCACCGCACGAAGCAUGGCCGCCGCCGCCGCCGCGAGACAUGCCCCUUCCCCGCUGUCCGCCGACACCCCCCGACGCCCUCGCACGUCCACUCCAUCGCGACCACCCCAAGCUUCGUUUGUCCGUCCCAUGACAUCGACAGGGUACUCCAACAAGGGCGGCGCGCGCAAACUCAAAUGCUUCUCCACCACUUUAAGCACUAUGGAAGUUGAACACGCCACCAGGGGGACCAGCAACAACAGUGACAUGGUCGACGCUCCUACAUCCACCACAACAACAGCCCCUCAGCGACCAAAGUCGGCAGCCCCUGCGGCAGUCUCGAAAUCGACACCUCGAAAGUACGACGUCGUGCUACGUCGAGAUGAACACAUGCAGCCGCAAGUGGAAGGCACGGCGCAGCCGUUGGCCACGCGCAUGCGCCCGUUGUAUCGAUGAACAAACGACAAGGAAAGAUUCAAAUAUAUAGACAUGGACCCAACACACACAGGACCGACGAGUUACGCGCCGUCUUCCCAAUCGCCUUCCAUCACAGCGUCGUCGUCGUCGUCGUCUUCGGACCUGCACACCAUGUCGUCGUCGUCGUCUUCGUCGUCGUCGUUGCCGUUGAUGUCGUGCACGGCGCUCCUGGACAUGCACGUAAAGUACAGGAUCUUCUUGAGCUCCUUGUUGUAGAAAAAGUAGUUGAACGACCACAACGUGCCGUCGCUGAACGGGUCGGAGCAUCCGUCCAUGUCAGGAAUGUAGGUGUACACUUCACAGUCGGUCGGCGCGAUCGCGGCAACGAUCGACUCCCAUAGCUUCUCGAGGAAACCCACGUUGUCCAUCUCGACGAUUUCUGCCAGUUGUGUGUUGAUAGCGUUGACCACCGUGCGCAUGUCGACUUCUUUGUGGAACUGCUCGGGUUUCAGGUCGGAAAAGUCGUAAUCUGGGAACGACGCGUUCAUGGUCGAUAUCAGGUUGAUGAGCAGCUUGCGUGUGUUGGAAUCGGCCAAGUUGCCGAUGGAGAUGUUGUUACUUGCCGCGACCGUGGCGCAAUUGCUUGACGGAGUCGAGUUCUGCUGUUGUUCGACGACGUCGUUGGAGUUGCUGGUGGACUGGUACAACAGCUCCAAGGACUUGGCAAGUUUCUUGUCCUGUCCCGCCUUCUUGCACGAGAAGCACUCCAGGCGCCCAUUGAUCACGCGGUCGCCGACACAGAACUCAUUCAGCGCCGCAUUCGCCCAGCUCAGCGUCUUCUCUUCGAGGUACUUCAUCUUGUUUUCGCAAACUUUG